CUCUGGUGUUUUUGUUAAAUUUAGAAAAGUGAGGUGCUCCGUUGGACGUUUUACAUCACUAAGUCUACGAAUAUAAAAGAUCAAGAAAUAGAUCAACCGCUGCUAGUGAGAUCCGAUCUCUAGUGCUGAGAACAAUGGACAUCAGGUGGUGCUUACAGAUUGUUUGGUGUUUACUGCUAAUUGGAGUUGUCAAGGCUAAUUCAAUUUCGACAACCCCUCAAACGACAUCUUCCACGGAUUCAUCUGUAAAACCUAAACCCAAAGUGCGACGUUCUAAUUUUUACUUGUCAUCAAAUGGUGCGACAAUUCCCUCUUAUAAAUUAUUCGACACAAAUAUGAACAUACACGCGCUUAGAACCACGCCCACGAUAAACUCUUUCAGUCACAGUUUUCCAAAAAGUGAGUUUACUAAAUCCCCGUUAAUAAAUUCGUUCACACCCUACGAGGUUAAUUCCUUGAAACUAAUUCCGGAAAAUUCUAAAAUAACCGCAAAGGCUUACUACAAAAGUCCUAGUUUCUAUACAAGUUCAAGUUUUCCGAAAUUUAGCCAACGUCCCUCAGCGAGUUCUGCUGGUCAAUAUGGAAAAAACUACCCCGAGAUAAAAUCUAUAUCAAUAUCACCCUCGUUCUCAGCUUCAGAGGUUACUUCCGGAGGGUUUAAGCCCAUCAGUCCUCCCCAAUACCAAAGCAACCCUCAAUCCGAACUUUCUAAAGCCCUGAGGGGUUACGAGGACUCUUAUCAAUCUUACGGUAAUCCCACGACGUCUUCCCUAGCAUCUUCCCUUGAAAACUUCCCAACGUACUCUGUUAAGCCGAUUCACCCGACAAUUAGAACUAAUUUACCUUUCGCGCCGACAACCGCUGUCUCGAAAAUAAAGAGCAGCGAUAAUUAUCAGCUGCUUUCUGCUCAACCCCAAUUACAUUUCACCGCGGCGAUUCCUCUUCCCCAACAGCCUAUUUACCAUUCGCAGCCCUUUGGAAGAAUAAAGACCGAUGUUGAAGUGAUCACCAAGAGACCACAAAUUCUAUUUCCCGAAGAUAGUUCCGAAGAAGUAGAUUUUAAGUCCACGGGAAUUCCCGUUUCUGAAGAAUCAUACGAACCGCUUCAAACAGUCAAAAAUGUUAAAAAUGAUAACCGAUACCAGUUACCUGACUCUUCUAUUUUUAAAUCAUACGACGAAGCCUUUGGAAAAUUGUACCACACGACUAAAGUUCCUGUUGUGCAUGGUACUCCGCGACCUCACACGCCAAAGUUGAUAGAAAAACCACCCCAGUACGGAGUCUCAAGCAGCGCUGAAGCUGAGAAGCAAGUUUACGAGCACUCUGAUGAAUAUUCUUCGGGUUCGAACGAAAAUUAUCACCCGGGAGGCAAUUCCAACCAGGGAAGCCACCAGAAAUACAGCCAGGAGGGGAGUGAUUUCGAAAUGCCUCACUUUGAGAACUUUGGCCGUGACUUUAAACAAGAUUUCGAGGAAUCUUAUCACUCGGAACUUCCUCGCGAAGAGUACAAACAAGUCAGAGAAGUUUCAAAGGUUGACGAAACGAAUUCGCGACCGAAGAUCAGUUCCAGCGGUCGAGAAACGAUCAGAUCGCGUCGCCCAAAUAAACCACGUAAGAGUUACGCCGUCGAUGAGUCUGCGGGUGUUGAAACGACUUACGAAAGGAUUGUUGCAAAAAAUCCCCAAGAGUCUUCGGAGAGGCAAGUUCCCGUGGAGAACUUUGGUUACAAAAUUCCGAAAAGUUCGCGGACGACUGGCUUCAAUAAUGAACAAACCACUGAACCGUCAAAGCCGACUUACUCCGCGAAAAAAUCCAAGAAUCAGAGCUCCAGGAACUCUGAAUUGAGGAAGCAAACCUCCCACCAAUUUAACUCUCCGUAUUCGAGCAGCCAGCCAAAAUCGCUCGAUCAAUCUCCGACUGUUGAAAACGUCUUAGUACUGCCGUUUAUCUACAAAGAUAAUCUCAACAGCAAUUAUCAUCUGCUGAACGAUCCAGUUGGUUAAUUCCUCUUAGUUGCUAGUUACAAACACCAAAUAAAUAAAACAAAUAAAUAUUGUAUUUAACU